GUCAGGUAGGAGAGAACCAAUAGCCGCGACGCUUACAGCGCAGCAUUGACGCCUGGAACCAAUAGGGUGAGGGCUUUCUGGUGAUGUCUUGUCAGAAGCGAGCAUGGCGCCUCCCGCACGCUACUGCAUCCCUGGUGAGCGGCUGUGCAGCACGGAGGAGGCCACGGCUGGUACUGGGACCUACAUUCGUCAUGGCUUCAUCUUCUCCUCGCUGGCUGGCUGCCUGGAGAGGAAAAAUGAGGACAACGAGCUGCCCGUGGUGUCGGUGGUGAGAGACAGCGAGUCGCAGCUCCUGCCCAACGUGGGGGCUGUGGUGACAUGCAAGGUCUGCAGUAUUAACUCUCGCUUUGCCAAGGUGCACAUCCUGUAUGUUGGCUCCACGCCGCUGAAAUCCACAUUCCGAGGCACCAUACGGAGAGAAGAUAUCCGAGCCACGGAAAAGGAUAAGGUAGAAGUGUACAAGAGCUUCCGCCCCAGUGACAUCGUCCUGGCCAAAGUUAUCUCCCUGGGGGAUGCGCAGUCCAACUACCUGCUGAGCACAGCAGAGAACGAGCUGGGCGUGGUGGUGGCACGCAGUGAGGCAGGGGUGCAGAUGGUGCCCAUCAGCUGGUGUGAGAUGCAGUGCCCACGGACACACACCAAGGAGUUCCGUAAGGUGGCCCGAGUGCAGCCCCAGUUCCUGCAGACGUAACAGCUGAGGGGGGCGGGGGGGCUGCAGGACUGGGGCCUGUGGAACCAGAGCAGCUCCUGGACUUGCACCUCCUUCACAGGUUCAGCCAGGCCUCCACUGGCAGGACAGGUUUGCUACUUGUGGAUAAUAAAUAUUUUUUGAGAGCUC